AUGGCGGAGGGGCGGCCUCCGGGCCCGGGCGGUGCGCGGGGGCCUCGCCUGUACCCCCUGGAGCCUUCCCACAAGACCGAGCCCGGGGCAGGACCACUUGGGGGUUCAGAAGCCGUGGGUCCCGGGGGGAGCCCGCCGCCCCUCCCCGAGCCCCCCCCCCGGAGCCCCUCCCCGACCCUCCCCGACACCCCCCUCUCCGACACCCCUCCCCGAGCCCUCCCCGACACCCCCCUCUCCGACACCCCCUCCCCGACACCCCCCUCUCCGACACCCCCUCCCCGACACCCCCUCCCCGACACCCCCCUCUCCGACACCCCCUCUCCGACACCCCCUCCCCGACACCCGCCUCUCCGACACCCCCUCCCCGACACCCCCCUCUCCGACACCCCCUCCCGACACCCCCUCCCCGACACCCCCCUCUCCGACACCCCUCCCGACACCCCCCUCUCCGACACCCCCUCCCCGACACCCCCCUCUCCGACACCCCCCUCUCCGACACCCCUCUCCGACACCCCUCUCCGACACCCCUCCCUGACACCCCCUCUCCGACACCCCCUCCCGACACCCCCUCUCCGACACCCCCUCCUCGAGCCCUCCCCGACACCCCCCUCUCCGACACCCCUCCCCGACACCCCCCUCUCCGACACCCCCCUCUCCGACACCCCCUCUCCGACACCCCCUCUCCGACACCCCCUCCCCGACACCCCCCUCUCCGACACCCCCUCCUCGAGCGCUCCCCGGCAGCCCCCUCCCCGCCGCCCCCUGCGCCGAGCCCUCCCUGGCAUGCUCCCUUCUGAACUGAGGUUGGAGAGAAAUCCAGAAUAA